CUGGAUCCACGUCCCAACUCGCCACGGAUCGAGUUACGGCCGAGCACAGCCCUUUCGAGGACCACGUGAGGACCACACUCGUCACCUUUCCGCCGCAGACCGGUGGUGCACAUCGUUCGCGCCCUUCGUUUCCACCGGCCCGGAGCCCCGUCACCAGUUCACGCGCAGCCUCCAGAAAGGGUCCAGGACAGUCGGAAGCUUCCAGGGUGUGUAUCCCGAUGGAACCAGUUCUGUGAUCGAUCCUCGCGACCGUUCGGAGGGUGUACUUAUUUUGGUAGCGGUUCCGCUGGUACCGCGGUGAUCGUCCGACAGUGCCGCGUUGGACAUUCGAGGGAGGAGAAGUGCACGCUGCGGACCACGAUACAGUGAUCGUUGUGUUUCGCGUCGCGAUGAGUUGCUGCCUCGUCGAUCACCGACGAGCGGCGGUGUCCUGCGAGUGAGAUUCCCGUUCCGAGUCGUCGACGAGGGGGACUGAGGUAGCGAGAUCCGCGAACAGCAUGGCCGUCGGUCCAGCAGGAAUACGUGGUGGUUCGAACGUUGGAUGAGAGAGCGUACCUACUCUACCUGGGGGGUCGCAAGUUUACGAGUUCGGACGUCGGAUCGGUGCGAUAAUCCGGACAUUUCGCGAUCGAUGUUAUCAUCGGUGUGUCCGCGCGUCGGUCGGUGAGUCGAUAGAGAGACGCAGAAUGCGAUUCGGCGGCGAUCCGCGGUGAGCAAGAGCGUCGCGCGAUUGUUAGCAAAUCGUCGGAGAAGGGUCGGGAUCGGGGCAGAGAGGACUAGAGAUAGAGCCUUUUGCGGGCCAUGUCGGUGCAAGGGGACAGCGACGUGGACGCGACGGAGGAGAUCAACGUGGACGAUUCGGACACCGGGAGCUGCGGGCCGCACGACUACGUGAACGACGGUCGUCGGCUGCCGCAGGAGCACUCGGAGUGCUCGAACUCGCCGCCGCCCAGCCAGACCAGCUCGAGGACGCUUCAGAACGAGUCGCCGAGGAGCCAUCCGUUCAGCAUAAGCCGUCUACUGGGCGAGAAUCGGCCGCAGAACCCGAAGAGCCCGUCCUCCGAGGACUUGGACAGCGACAAGGAGAGGAAAUGGUCGUGGGAGGAGGGCAACAAUAACGUCGGAUCCUCGAUGAUCUUGGACGACGGCAGAAGAUCGUGGGGACACGAGAUCGAGGAGAAACUGUCGGAGAAGGACGACGACGACACCGGGAGCACGCCGGAAACGCAGACGAACUCGUCGUCGUCGGUGCACUGCUCGACCGCCACGAACUCGUCGUCGUCGGUGCACUGCUCGACCGCCGCUGACCUCCUGGCACCUUUCAGGCUUUUCCCGACCGGAACUGGUCUGAUUUAUACCGGCGGAGGUGUAAUAAGAGUCCCUGCGCAUCGACCGCCGGGUGCUAAUGGCACCGGCACGGGUGCACUGCCCGCACAGGCCUUGAUACCACCGUGGAGUUUACAGGCUCUUCAGCACAGUCAACAGCAAGCGGCGGCUGCCGGUCUCCACAGAGCGAGCCUCCUAGCGAAUCUGGCUGCACACCCGUUUCAGGGACAUCCGCACCUCAAGGACCGGCUGGCAGUAGCCGGAGCGUUUCCAAGGAGGAUCGGCCAUCCCUACCAAAACAGGACACCGCCGAAGAGAAAGAAACCGAGGACAAGCUUCACCAGAUUGCAAAUCGCCGAGCUAGAGAAACGUUUUCACAAACAGAAAUACUUAGCGUCGGCCGAGAGAGCAGCUCUCGCGAAGUCCUUGAAGAUGACUGAUGCCCAAGUGAAGACCUGGUUUCAGAACAGACGGACAAAAUGGAGGAGACAAACCGCGGAAGAAAGAGAAGCUGAGAGGCAGGCGGCGAAUCGCUUGAUGUUGUCCCUCCAAGCGGAGGCACUCGGCAAAGUGGCUUAUCCGACGACGGUAUCCAGCCAUCCAGCGGGGACCACUGUCCCGAGUUUGGACAGGCAGCAGACGCCAGCAGCCCUGACCCACCCCGUGGGCCAGUGGACCUCGCCGUACGGCCCGCCGCAACCCCUGGCCGAGCCAAUUUGCUGAAUCCCGAUGAUUCGUGCGAAUUGAAAAAUAAAAGAAAAAAAAAACAGAAGUCGCUGGAUGGACCCGGGGCACCAAUGACGUCAGUUUUGUAUUCGGUCGACAAAGAGUAUUGUCGCAAUUCUGACAGACAACGCUGAUACAAGCAACAGAAAAUUUACUGUUACCUAAUCGAUCGCGCAUAGAAAUUACACGAAUCUUUGCGCGAUUCUUGCGGCACGCUUUUACAUGUACUUCGUGCAAAUUCUCGGGUUUUAACUGUGUUCGAUCUCUUAGCUGCGUAAUCUGAUUUGUUUAAAUGCGUAUCCACGUUGAAUCGCAAUUAUCACGCUGCGUACAGUUCUUUAAAAAUAUAAUUUUUAAUUUUAUAAUAAUAAUUCGAUUCUUGUUCUUUGGUUUCUCGCGAUAAUUUUCCGAACUAUGGACUUUUUGACGAAAAAACCAAAUUUUCCGCGACAAUUGAAAAAAUAGGGAUUACAUAAAUUUCUCGUCUGUACAAUUUUGAUUACUAAGAAACGACAAGACUAAUAUACUUUUUCGAAAUUUUAACUACUUCGCAGACUAGUUUUAUCGAUCACGCUGCGUACAGUUCUUUAAAAAUUUGUUUUAUAAUUUCUGCUUCGAUUUUUGUUCUUUCUUUGGUUCUUCGCGAUAAUUUACCGAACUAUGGACUUUUUGACCAAGAAACAAAAUUUUCCGCGACAAUUGAAAAAAUAGGAAUUACAUAAAUUUCUCAUCUGUACAAUUUUGAUUACUAAGAAACGACAAGACUAAUAUACUUUUUCGAAAUUUUAACUACUUCGCAGACUAGUUUUAUCGAUCACGCUGCGUACAGUUCUUUAAAAAUUUGUUUUAUAAUUUCUGCUUCGAUUCUUGCUCUUUCUUUGGUUCUUCGCGAUAAUUUACCGAACUAUGGACUUUUUGAUCAAGAAACCAAAUUUUCCGCGACAAUUGAAAAAAUAGGAAUUACAUAAAUUUCUCAUCUGUACAAUUUUGAUUACUAAGAAACGAUAAGAUUAAUAUACUUUUUCGAAGUUUUCACUAUUUCGUAGACUAGUAAUUGCUGCAUUCUCAUUACGAAUAUGCUCGUCUUGUACAGCUAAGAGGUUAAUGUUGCUUCGGUUUAUUCGAUAUUGAUCUUUUAAAGAAUAGAAUUUCGACAAUGCGUAUUUUAGAAGGGUCCUCUAAAUGCCCGGCAUUGGAAAAACUGUAGCGGUUCGAGAGAGGCGAUGCACAUCUCGAGAAGUGCUAAAGCUUGUUGUACACACAAAGCUUCGAACUCGUUCUUUUUCAGGUUCUGAUUUAAAUUGGCUGUCGUGAUAUCUACUCGACAGAUUAACUUGAAACGUAGCGUGUUCUCGUCAGUACACCUGUCGCCAUAAUUGGAACCGCCAUUAAGUCGAAACAAUUUUUGUUCCAAUUUUAUAGCCCACCCAAUCUACAAACUAUCGCCGUUCCUUUAAUUUCUGUUUCUUUCGUGGCGCCGCUUAUAUUAUACUUCAAUAUGUAUUAACAAAACUAAAUUCCUUCUUCGCAUCGCCAAGGAGAAAAAAUUGAAAUUCGUAACAGCUGCUGAAUACAGUUUCUCAUAUAAAACCGAUUACGAUUCCUCAUUCAAUUUUGAUUCUUUAAUCGUCGAAAAAUUGUUUGGUUGUUAGAGCAGAAAUAAAAAUAAUUCUGCAGUUCAAACAAGGAACUAUCGUCGUUCCUUUAAUUUCCGUUUCUUUCGUGGUGCCGCUUAUACUUCAAUAUGUAUGAACAAAACUAAAUUCCUUCUUCGCAUCGCCAAGGAGAAACAAUUGAAAUUCGUAACAGCUGUUGAAUACAGUUUCUCAUAUAAAACCGAUUACGAUUCCUCAUUCAAUUUUGAUUCUUUAAUCGUCGAAAAUUGUUUGGUUGUUAGAGCAGAAAUAAAAAUAGUUCUGCGGUUCAAACAAUUCAAAUCUCAGUUACUGUACACAAUUUCACGUUUCUUCGUGUCGUAAAUUCAAAGCGUGAAAUUACGAAUAGAACAUAAUUGGUUGAAUUGAAAUGUCGAACGAAAUUCAUCGAAGUCAAACAUCGUUUGUACAAAUUAUGUAGAAUUAUUUCUUUGGAGCCUACGGGCGUUAAUGCUUGUAUAUUUUCUACUAAAAUAUGUACUUGGACAAAUGCGAGUACAGAAACAUCGAUGCUGCGGCAAAUGAUUCAAAAGGCUUGGAGACUCGGCAGCACAACGAAAUUCGAGCACGUUGCGUAAUCGGUUGGCCUGGUUGUAAAAUGCGCCGCGCAUUGUUGAUUUUAUUGCCUCCGUCGGAUUGUCAAUUAAGCCGCGUUUCCAUCAUUUUUACACCGGUUUCUCCGUAAUCUCAUUAAAGGUCUCGAUGGAUCCCGUAGCGGUCGACAGCGGAACACGGAAUGGAACGAAUGGCCCGCAAUUCGGUUUUGUUCAACGGCAUGAACAAUCAUUGUGCGAACAAGUAAUCACCGUCUACGGCCGAAAUAAUUGAUGCAAGAUAAUUGGCAGAAAAAUCUUGUUCGCUAAACACGUAAUGUCGUUAAAUCUCCCGAGGGGGAGGGGGGGAGGACUGCGAGUUUAUCGUGAUAUUCGGAGUCACGCAAAACGAUCCAAAUAGAUCCUAAUUGGUCGCAUUCAAUAUUCACGCGGUUGUUGGCUCGGCGAAUUUUUUGUCACGCUAUAGAGAACUCGUAAGAAGGCUGUACGAAAAGCGGACAUGUGUAUCUGUGCGAAGAAGAGCGAAAUCUUUGGCCGAUUAGUUUCAUGCAAAGAACAGAAUUGUAUUAUUUAUGUAACGUUACGAAGAGAUCAACGAUACGUAUCGUUCGAAAUUUUCAACUUCCUAUGCUCGAGUAAAUAAAUUCUUUGCUGAACUAGCUACAGUGUUACUCGACAAAUGUAACAGAAUUACUGAACGAAUCGAUUGAUUUCUGCACAAUUAAAAAUGAUCGUACAAGUUAGCUUUCCGUGUUCUUAAAAUAUUAACGCGAACAAUGUUGUUUGUUACUUUGUGCCAUUCAAACAGCAGAUUAUUUAUCGUC